GUAGGUUUUCUUUCGAUUAAUGGUGGACACUUUAGGCCACCUGGAUUUAGCUUCAAACAGCUGUAUGUUGGUACUACGCUAAAGUUAUUUCGAUUUAUUAAACCAUUUAUUUUGUUUAGCAUUUACUGAAAUAUGCCUUAUUUUCGGACAUGGGAAGAGUUUGCCCGGGCGGCUGAAAAAUUAUAUUUGACGGACCCGAUGAAGGUCAGAGUGGUACUAAAAUAUCGGCACUGCGACGGAAAUCUCUGUAUGAAAGUGACAGAUGAUGCUGUGUCUUUACAGUACAAGACCGACCAGGCCCAAGAUGUGAAGAAGAUUGAGAAACUGCAUGGGAAAUUGAUGAGAUUAAUGGUCUCCAAAGAAUCUCACAGUGGAGCUAUGGAAACAGACUGAAUCGAUCCAUGGACAUUUCAAUGUUGAACAGUUGUUUUUGACACAAUCUGAAGGCUUAACAUUUUUAAGACUCGCAGAUCAACAAGUAAAAGGAGAAGUUUGGUUGAAGUUUAUUGACUGUUGACCCAAGAUGACACACUUUGGAAAGAGCAGGCUCCAGGGACUUCCCACAUGCUUCUGAUAUUUGUGUUCAUGAUGAGGUCGGAUCAAAUAGAAAUUGCUCUACAGUUAUUUUAGUAUUAUUUUAUUUGCAAUGACUAUUAUUUCAUGUUUGGAGAAAAAAAGUUUUGUUUGCAUUGAUAUCAUGGCAUUUUGAAAAGAGACCUUUUAAUUUCUUCAAAGCAGAUUAUAAUGAAAGCUCAACCUAAAGUUUGUAUGUCAAUGCAAGAUGUACAGUAACUCUAAAUAAAUGGUUUUUUUGUUCCAUAAAGUUCUCGGAGCCUUUAACGAAUGCUUUUAAAAUGUUAUUUUUUAUCUGAAUUUUUAAUGUCUUGAUAAUGACAAUAUAUAUGUAGUUAACCUUGUUUAAGGAAAACAGUCCUCCGGUAGACAAUUCCCCAGUUAUUUAAGAUCAAAACAACAAAAGCGUUUGAAGAGUUUGGUGCAAAAUCAGAUAACUGUUUAAUUUUUUUUAAUCAAAAAUAAUUUUUUAUUAUGUUAUGUUUUUAUUGUGGUUUAUCGUGUUAGUUAGCUGUGUUUUUGUGUUAUGGCUUAAAUCAAAACAAACCAACCGCAAUUUGAUUGAUAUUAAUUGGAAUGCACAAUAAAAAAAACAUGAUUUUUGAGUUAUCUCUUUUUGGAACCAAACUCUUCAUUUUAACUUAACUAAACACAAAGUUUAUCUUCAGUUUAACACAUGGAGAUGAUGUGUUGAUGUUUGUUGACUGUAUUUAAAAGUCAAGAUUCUGCUUGGUUUAAAAAGGCUAGUGAAUAAGUGUGUUUUGA